AUGAAUCAAGGUUUUGAUUAUUUAAUAGUAUUAACAUCAGGUUAAACAAAAGAAUUGGAGAGAAACAAUUAGGAGGAAUAGAAAUAGAGCACAAGCAACAAUCUUUAAAAUUAACUCCAAGAAGAUAAUGAUUCUACUGAGUAGCUUGGAAGGAUGAUAGAGUUUAAUUGGUGCAUUUACGAUACUAAAAAGUAAAUCGUCACUGAAUAGUUCUAAAGAUUCAUCAAGGGAGAAGAUUUCUUAGUUAAUAAUGAGACUCUUACCAAAAAUAAAAUCACUCUUAGCAAGUUCGAUGGUGCAUUGCUAUUUAGCAAGCUUAUUUAGGAGUUUAAUGAUUACACAUAUACUAAUUUCACACGCUAAAACAAGAGUUUCUGCAUAGUCACUUACGGAGAUGCUCUCAUGACUAGAAUCUUACCCAGAGAAGCUUAAUUUAAUCAAAUGAAACUUGCUUCCCACUUUUUCACUUAUUUUGACAUAAGAAAUGAAUUCAAAAAGAAUUUCUCUCAUGCCAUAUCUAUCAAAACACUACAUGAAAUGUUAACAUACACUAAUCUCCAAGAAAAACCACUUUUAGACUAAUCUAUAGGGUAAUUUGAAAUGAGCAACAUAGUAAGAUUAGUAAAUAUGCUUGUAAGAAGCGGAUAUGUCUUCAAUCAUCCUAAAUUGAUCAAUAACUCUUAUCAAGUUGUGUUAGACAAUUAGGACUCUAAGACUAGAUAUAUUCAAUCAAGAGAAAAGAAGUCAAAAAAUAAUUAUGUCAGAGGCAGAAGCCCUGAACCAUUUAAAAACCUUUCACAAUAACAUUUUAUUCGCAUAAGAGGCCUUCCUUACUCUGCAAGAGAACCUGAAAUCUACGAAUUACUUAAAAAUAUUAGGAUUUAUAAAGAGGAUAUUGCUUUUCUUUAUGAUAGCGAAGGUAAAUUCUCUGGAGAAGCAUAUGUAAGAGUUUACAGCUAGCUAGAUAAACAAGAAGCUUUGUGCUACAAUUUAAAUAAGGUUGAAGGAAGAUUUGUUGAGAUUUUCGAAACUACAGAAAAUGAAUUUAAUAGAGCUAAAAUUUCUUAAUUCCCAGAAAAGAGAAAUCAAGAUGAUGAGCUACCAAAUGAAACUCAAUUUGAUCUCAAUAAAAUAGUCACUGAAGGAGCAGGAGUAGUAAGAAUUAGAGGCUUACCCUACUCUUGUACUGAAGAAGAUAUUAAAAAAUUCUUUAAAGGAUUAACUAUUUUACAAGGAGGUAUUAAGAGAGCUAUUCUUGGUGGCAGACCUGGAGGAGAGUGUUUUGUAAUAUUUUAAAACAAGGAUGAUGCUCAUAAAGCUCUUAAUUUUCAUAUGGAAAAAAUUCACAACAGAUUUAUAGAAGUUUUCUUAGCCACAGUUAAGGAAUUCGAAAAUUAUAUGGCACAUAACUUUGUUAAUUCUGCUCCUGUUUAUAGUAAAGAUAACAUGCCAAAUAUUCCACAAGAGAAAAGAAAAUCAACUCUCAUGGUUAUGGGAAUGCCUUUCAGUGUAACUAAAUAAAAGAUUUUAGAGUUCUUCAAAGGAUUUGACAUCAAUGAAAGAGAAAUACAUCUUCUUUGCUCUCAUACUGGCAAAUUUAGUGGAUCAGCUCUCGUUACAUUCGAAGACGAGCUUGAAGCCCAAAGAGCUCUAAAAACAAAGAAUUUCUCAUAUAUUGAAAAUAGAUAUUUAGAAUUAUUUGAGUAUAAAUGA